CAGAUAAAAAAUAUUAUUUAAACAGUAGCCUCAACGAUACGUCGUUCAGUUAUUAAUUUAAUUCUAAAUUGCCAACAUGUACAAGCAAAUUAUUGCUCUAGGUGUCCUUGCAAUCGCAGCAGUGAGCUAUGCUCAAGUAACUGGUUGGACCGAUUGCGGAAGCACGGCAAUUAUUCGUUCGAUUAGAGCUGGCCCAUGCACCACAACACCAUGCCCAUUCGUUCGAGGAAACACUUAUGACAUUGAAUUUAUAUCAACAGCAACUGCUGCUGCCACCAGUCUACCAUACAUUGUAAAUGCUACAAUUCUUGGUCAACCAUGGACUAUUAUGGAAGGCAAUGGUUGUGAUCAAUUAACAUGCCCCACCGUUGUAGGUCAGGACUUCACAUUCUCAUACCGAUACACUGUGUCCGAAAUUUUCCCACCGGUUCCAACCACGGUUACCACUUUCGUUACCAAUCAAAUCGGACAAAUCGUUGUCUGCUUCCAUCUCCCAGUUCAAAUUGUCUAAACACAUUGCAAAAUAAAUGUUAACCCUUUAAGUGUAAA